AUGGAUAAGUACCUGCCUGUAUUUCUCAACAUUAAGGACACCAUUAAUCCUGACCAAGUCCCCAACUCCAUUUGCUCAAAUGCAGCCCCAGACUUGCAAGGAACCUCCACCAUGCUUCAUUGUUGCCUCAUUAUUGUACCGCUCUCCAGCCCUUCGUUGAACAAAUUGCUUUCUCCUACAGCCAAAUAUUUCACAUUGUUCUUACUUGAAACAUACCAGCAGUACCAGGCAUUGAGGUUUGCAGUGGAGGAAAUCAACAGAAAUCCUGAAGUUCUACCAAACAUCACCCUGGGGUUCCUGACCUAUGACUCCUGUUCUGUUCUGCACAUGGAGCUGGAGGGGACGCUGGCAAUGGUCACCGGACGUAGUCAAGCAAUACCAAAUUAUUUAUGGUUGGGAAAGCCACCAUUGGCUGGAAUCCUUGGACACUCAAUGUCCACUUACUCCAUUCUCAUGGCACACAUUCUGGGGCUGUACAAAUACCCACAGAUAAGUCAUUAUGCAACAAGUGCUCUACUAAGUAACCGGAGACAGUUUCCUUCCUUCUUCAGGACAGUCCCCAGUGAUACCUUUCAAUCACAGGGAUUGGCUCAACUUGUAUUGCAUUUUGGAUGGACGUGGGUGGGGUUGGUGGCAAUGGGAAAUGACUAUGGACAGCAAGGAAUUCAUGUUAUUACACAAGAAAUUCUAAAGGCUGGAGCUUGUGUGGCCUUCACCCAAUUCAUUCAUCUCAAUAGGGCAGAUAGGAAUGCUCCUUAUAUUUCUAGACUCAUAAAAAAGUCCACAGCCAAGGCUGUCAUUGUUUUCUCCAUUGAUGUCUUCUUUAUCCCACUCAUCGAUGAGAUGAUCAGAGUGAAUGUCACUGGGAAGAUAUUUGUAGCGAGUGAGGCUUGGUCCAUCUCGUCUAUACUUCUAGACGAUAAAUAUUCUAAUAUACUCUCAGGCUCUAUUGGCUUUGCUUUCCAUAGUUCAACAAUACCAGGAUUUCGAGAGCAUUUAGAAAGGAUCCACCCAUUUUACAAAAACGGCGAAAUGGUAACAAGAAUAUUUUGGGAAAAGACGUUUGGAUGCAAGCUCAUUGAUGAUAGAAAUCCAAUAUGGAAUAAAACUACAAGGUGGUGUACAGGAAAUGAAUCUCUAUUGGCUAUUGAGAAUGCCUACACUGAUGCGUCCAACCUUAGAACUUCAUACAAUAUUUACACAUCUACUCACAUCAUAGCUAACGCGUUGCACAACCUUCAGUCGUGUCAGCAGCAGAGAGGACCAUUCUACAAUAGAAGCUGUGCAACUCCCCAGAAUUUCAAGCCUUGGCAGCUAACACGCUACAUCCAGAAUGUCCGUGUAAAACUGGAGUAUGGAAGAGAGGUCUACUUUGAUAAAAAUGGGGAUCCCCCGGCAGUGUACGAUAUUGUUAAUUGGCAGCGAGGUGACAACGUGGGCAUAAAGCAGGUUAAAGUCGGAAGCUAUGAUACAGCAGUUAUUAAUGGCAGCGUCCUGACCGUUAACAGAAGUGCCGUGAUGUGGGUGCCCCAACAGGACCAGGUUCCUCCAUCGCUGUGCAGUGAGAGCUGUCUUCCAGGCUUAAGAAAGGUCGCAAUAAAGGGACAACCUGUCUGCUGUUACCAGUGUGUCCCUUGUCCGCAGGGAGAGAUCUCCAACCAAACUGACUCCAACGACUGCUUUCAAUGUCCAUGGGACACUUGGCCAAACCUGCAAAAAGACAGAUGUGUUCCAAAGAUGGUAGAGUUUCUCUCAUACGAGGAGCCCCUGGGUGCCACCCUCGCUGGUUCUGGCAUUUCCUCGGUCACAGUACCACUUUCCAUCUUGUCCCUGUACCUCAAAAAGAAGAACACCCCCAUUAUAAAAGCCAACAACUUCACUUUGAGUUGUAUUCUCUUGGUAUCUCUUUCCUGCUGUUUCCUCUGCUCUUUGGCAUUUAUCGGAUACCCCCAAUCUAAAAAGUGCAUUCUGCGCCAAGCUGCCUUUGGCAUGGCUUUUGCACUUUGUAUUUCAUGUGUUUUAGCCAAAACUUUUAUGGUAGUUUUUGCUUUUAUGGCCACAAAACCAAGAAGCAGCCUAAGAAAAUGGGCCACACCACAAGCAUCCUACAUGAUUAUCAUUUGCUGCUCCCUCUUGCAGUUCAUCAUAUGUGCCCUAUGGAUGUCCCUCGCACCUCCAUAUCCAGGGAAUGACAUCCAAACAUCCCCAGGAGUUAUAAUUGCGGAGUGUAAGGAGGGUUCUCCAACUGCCUUCUGGUGCAUGGUUGGCUAUCUGAGCCUCUUGGCUUCCAUUAGUUUCAUUGUUGCCUUCUUGGCCAGAAGACUCCCUGACAGCUUCAAUGAGACCAAGUUCAUCACUUUCAGCAUGCUGGCCUUCCUCAGUGUCUGGGUGUCCUACAUCCCAGCCUCGCUCAGUGCCCAGGGUAAAUACACUGUGGCCAUGGAGAUAUUUGCCAUCCUGGCAUCCAGCUGGGCUCUGGUGAUCUGUAUGUUUCUACCUAAAUGCUUUAUCAUACUGUUCAGACAGGACAUGAACUCCAGGGAAUAUCUCAUGAGGAAACAGCACAUGAUGAAAACAGGCCAGGGUAGAUAA